CCUGGCCCGACUCCGCUUCCGGGGGGCGCUGCUGCCGCCUCAGCGGCCCCGGAGCGGGGGUGCCCGGGGGUCCUUUGCCCCCGGCCACGGCCCCCGCGCCGGGGCUUCGCCGCCCCCUGUGUCCGAGCUGGACCGCGCGGACGCCUGGCUUCUCCGUAAGGCGCAUGAGACAGCCUUCCUUUCCUGGUUCCGCAAUGGCCUUCUAGCGUCAGGCAUUGGGGUCAUCUCCUUCAUGCAGAGUGACAUGGGUCGUGAAGCUGCCUACGGCUUCUUCCUGCUGGGAGGCCUGUGCGUCGUGUGGGGCGGCGCCUCGUAUGCCGUGGGCCUGGCGGCGCUCUGGGCGUGUGCCGCCGGCCUCUACAUGGGCCAGCUCGAGCUGGACGUGGAACUGGUGCCCGAGGACGACGGAGCAGCCACAGCAGAAGGCCCGGACGAGGCGGGCCGGCCGCCACCCGAGUAAGCCACGGGGCCGCAGGGACUGGCCGGCCCCUGGCCCGAGGACUGCGACAUUAAAACCUGACCCUUGCUGCUCCA